GUUUGAGACCGAUAGGGACAGCCAGGGCCGUGGAAGUCGGCCGGUCGGUCGGUUCAGUCGCGAUUGGACAUGGUGGUACGCAGGGCGGCGAGUUUCAUGCUAGGCCCCGGUGCGGGGACGUUCUAAGUACAUGAAUGGCCAAAAACUGCGGCCGAAGCAGCAAAGCACGGUGGUCGCCCGGUUUCGGCCCCAUCGCGAUGGGAAUGGACCUGCCCCGACUUACUAUUGAUGAGGGUAAUAGUUCCAAUCGAAACAUACUAUUGAUAGAUAUUGUCAAGCUAUACAGUAGAAAUGCUUGCAGUCUUGCAGGUGCACGCAACCGAACGAGUUCAAGGCGAUGCUUGUGCUCUCUCGCUUUCUCCAGAUUAUCUAAAAGGCAUUCACGUUUGACCUCUAUCCAACGCGAAAUGGAGCCUGUACAAGUGGAGACGGCUUUCAGCAGGCUGCUGAAAAGCUCUGCUGCGAUGCAGAAGCACGGCGUGGCCAUCGGGGCCGUAAGCGGGCUGCUGGCGGCAGCUGUUGGCACCGUAUGGUUUGCCAGCAGAGUGCAGGCACGCAACGAGCAAGCUAUUCUGGAGGUGCAGCACAAGGUGAAGGAGGAGAAGCUGCAGCGCAAGGUGGAGGGCGAGCGCCUGCGUCGCGACAUGCUGCAGCGCGUGGUCGAUAUGUCGUACCACGCUGACUGGCAGGGCCCCCGCGAGCGCGUCGCGUAGAAGAGCGGCGUGGAGGACGACAGCGCCAGGAGCAGGUGAUGGCAGCGGCAGGGGCGGUGAUGGCUGCUUGUGGACCUGCAGCUCCGGCGGCAAUGUGCGGGUGGUGCCGGCAGUGGUGGCAGCAGCAGCAGCAGCAGCAGCAGCAGCAGCAGCAGCAGCAGUGGGCGGAGCAGCUGGAUGCUUUCGUCAUGGAGGUGUGCAUGCGGCUGUGGGGUGCAUGCACUGCAGUGUUGGCUACAGCAGUGACAGCAGCAGCAACUCCGAUGACAGCAGCUCAGCUGGGAGUGCGGUAGGCAGUGGUGUGUGCGGGUUGCUGUGGCAGUUGCAGCUUAGUGAUGUGGUGCUGUUGCGGCCUUUUCCAGCGUCCGCAUAGGCUGCCCGCCAACGGCAUGCGCAGGCAGCUUGAGCACUGCUGGCGGUGUAGGCAACUGCAUGGCAGGCAGCGGCUGGCAGCAGCGAGACAGAUGCAGUGGCCAACAGGUAAGCCUGGCAUCUAGGCGGGUAUUUGAUGUACGCGUGGAUGGUGUACGUGGUUGUGGGCUGUGGCUGAGGGUUAGCUAGGCACACAGACAUGCCUGCGUGUGGAUAGGGGGGCAUCAGCCUUCAUUGACGUUGGCACUUCGUUGGGGUGCAAAGUGGCAGGUCCACUGUAGACUGUGUGAAAGCUUGACUCAGGACCUACCCGAGGGUUGCAUCUGCGCGCGCGUGUCAAGGCAUGGGCUGGCACUGCCGCAACUCACCAUGAUGGUUCUGCUUGUGUCACUGAUGCGCUACGCGGACUGGUUAGACCGUUACAUUGUGUCCUGACAUGGGAGGGGGUAAGGACAAGGAACGAUGUCAUGCUGCAGGAGCAUUGUAGAGGGGGAUUGAUUGAGUGUUUGCCAGGCGGAGGUAUUGGGGGAGGCGAAGGGCUAUGGACUGCACGUGGAACGGCCGUUCAAACGGACAUGUGGCUGUGGCGCCCAGUGGGUUCCACUGUGGCUGCCGUGGGCGGUACGGUCCCGGGUGGUGUCGCCUCGAGCAGCACGCUGCGGCCCAAGCUCGCCAUGAUCAAGGCGCUGGCCGACGAGAUCAGCGCGCUGCUGGCCGACCCGGGGCUCGAGGAUGUGGUUUAGGCAGCAUCGUCAGGACGGUUGGGGACGCUGUCGGUCGGUCAACUGGACACGGCUGUCGCCGGGCCGCAGGUUGAUUCUUAUAGGGGAAUUUGUAAUAGUAUGGUAAUGGUGUAUAAGCGGGCUUCGUUUGGUUUCCCGCGAGGACGCGGUAACUUUGGAGAGAGGGGUCACAGCUGUGGCGCCCUAAAGCAAAACGUAACAAUGACAUAUCGAUAUUAGUGUGCGACUGACAUUUGAAUAGGGAACCAUGAAGUGCGUGCGGGUUUCGCGUCUGUCAUGGGCCUUCACCCGAUGGAUGGGUCGGUGGCCACCGGUCACGGAGUGCGGAGCUGUCCGUUAAGUCGGUUGAUGACUUCAGUGACAGGGGCAGUUGAGGUUGGACACGUAGGCAUGGCGCAGGCCAGAGCGUGCCAGAGGCGGAGGAGUGGUAAAGGACUUGCCCGGGUCCCGGCUGGGCCCCAAGUUGUGUGGUGCGCCGCCGUCCAAAGGCGGCCACGUUGCUUAGUGAAGGCGCAGUGGACGCGUGUUGGACCCAGGAAAGCGGCCACGUAGCCGGGCCUGCGCCGCUGCCACUGCUGCUGCUGGUGGGGCCCUUCACCACCACCGCCGCCACCGUGGCGCAAGGCCGCAGGCCGCGCUCUACCAGUAUGGUACUAUUUGUCGACGCACGCCCGCCCGCACCAGGCAGGCAGGCAGGCACGGACAAGGGCGAUAUUAUGGGGCUUCCUGGAUUCUUGACAAGUGUUCCCCGGUCACGGGAAAAGGGGCUGAGCCUCUACAGUCUGAGGCCGAACAACCUCAUCGCCCGGACAUAGCCGGGGUCGGUUUCCACAGGCACGUAGCCAAACCAGGUGCCUAGCAAUCGCGAUGCCACAGCAAAGCCAACCGCAGCCAGACGCAGCACAGUUGUCAACAGCCGCACUACUUGUCAUGC